AUGGACGCCUUCGUCGUCGACGCCGCCGAGGCCCUCGCGCCCGCGCCCGCGUCCGCGACCGUCGUGACCGUCGUCCUCGCGGCGGACGACGCGGAGACGCCGCGCGCCAAGUCUCUCCCCAGCGAAGACGAUCUCGCGCUCGCGAUGCGCGGGGGCUCGUGGACGACGCUCGCGCCGGAGACCAGCGGCCUCGCGAUCGAGCUCGACGACGACGGCGUCGCGGGUUUCGCGCACGGCGGAGGAGGCUCCGCGUGCGACGUCGUCGGCUCCGUGACGCGCGUCGUCGAGGAGAAGGACUUUGAGGCGGAGGAUGAGCUCCUCCUGGCGGACGGAGCCGCGACCGCGGCGUUCAUCGAAUCGCUUCUUCAAGACGCCGACGCCGACGCGGACGCCCUCUUCGCCGCCGCGACCGCCGACGCCGACGCAAACGCCGCAGCAGCCGCGGAGACGCCGCUCGUGACGCUCUCGCUCCCGCCCGUGGUCCCGAAGGACGCGUACGUCGUGACGCGCCCGCCGCUCGACAACCACAUCGCGCUCGCCGCGCGCCUCUGCGCGACGCGUUUCGCGCAGCGCGCGUCGCGAUCGCUCGCGAAGCUCCUCGUCCCGAUAAUCCCCGCGGCCUCGCGCGCGAUCCUCCGCGCGGGCGAGGGCUGCGUCUGCACGGACAAGACGUGCGGGUCGUACUAUCGCCUGGAGAACGAAGCCGCGGAGCUCCUCAUGCUCCGAUCGGCGCAGGCGGCGUCGGCGUCGCUCGACGUCGCGGCGUGGAACUCCAAGUACGUCGGCGCGGGGACGUGCCCUUGGCCGGUCGUCUCCGAGGCGGACGAGCGCGUCCUGCGGAAAGAGUUUGGGUUCGCGCCGUCGCCGACGUGCUCCGUGCGUCUCAUCUCUUCGUACGAGGAGCACCUCAGGCUCGUGGAGGGGAUGAUUCGCGGCGCGGCGCGGACGAUUCGAAUCAUGAGCUGCUACUUUUUCGCCAACGAGGCGCCGUUCGUGCGCGUCGUUCGCGACCUCCUCCCUGCCGCGGCGGCGCGCGGCGUGAAGGUGCGGCUGCUCCUCGACGCGCUCCCCGCGCAGAGCGCGGUGGCGAAGGCGGAGAUGUGGGGCCCGCUGACGAGAUUCGCGCAGGGCGCGGCCGAGCGCGCGGCGUUCACGCGCUUUUACGGCGAGACGCUGCCGGAGGCGAUCCGAGGCGUCGGCGUCCCCGGUGGGUUUAAAGUCGCGUUCUUCAAGGCGAAGGACGCGGUGACCGGGCACGACAUCAAGUCUCACGUGAAGAUGUUCGCGGUCGACGGCAGGCUCGCGAUCGUGGGCGGGUCGAACAUGCUUCCCACGAUGGCGACGGGGGGGUACGACUGCGACGUCUUGCUCGACGGCGCCGCCGCGCGAGACGCCGACGAGAAGUUCGUCGACGCGUGGAGGGAGCAGACCGGGGAGGAGCUCCCGCCGAGCGCGAAGACAAGACCUUCUUUGAAGACGACGACGACGACGACGACGAGGCUCGCCGCGGCGACGUCGAGCGCGGACGCGUCGNCGUCGUCGUCGUCCAUCGUCCCCGCCGCGGUAGCCGCGGGCGAAGCCGCCAUCGCGCGCGCGAAGAUGGCCGGCGUCCUCGGCCACUCCUCCUCCUCAGAGAGCGAGGAGUCGUCCGAGUCCGAGUCCGAGUCCGCGGAGGAGGACGUCGACGUCGACGUCGACGUCGACGUCGACGUCGACGUCUCUUUCGACUCGGACGACGGCGCCGCCGACGAGCCGUGCGACGACUCCCCGCAGUCCUCCGCGCACCCCAUGGAGAAGUCGCUCACGCUGCAGUGGCACGAGCGCGGCGUCCGCUUCGCGCCCGUCAUGUCGCGCCCCGGCAGCGGCGGCGAGGACGCCGUCCUCCGCGCGGUGAUCGGGAUGAUCGACGCCGCGAAAGAGGAGUUCCUCAUGUCUAUGGGCUUCAGCGCGCUGCACACGCCGCUCGUCGCGGCGCUGACGCGCGCGUCGCGACGCGGCGUCCGCGUCCGCGUCCUUCUCAAUUCGCACUUUUCGUGCGAUUUGCGGCCGCCGAUGAGCGACCUGGUGGCGGGCGCGCGCGCGCUGCUCAUCGCGGCGCCGACCGCGGAGGUGUACAUGACGGGUCCACGCCGCGCGUGGGACGUGCACGACGAGGAGCGCGACGGCGUCGUCCCGCCGUUCACGCCCAGAUACGACCUCAAGGCGUACGACGAGGGGUCCGGGGACCCGCCGUAUAAGUUUCCGUUCACGUUCAUACACGCCAAGUACUGCGUCGCGGACCGCUCGAAGUGCAGCGUCGGGUCUUGGAACGCGUGGGCUCGAAGCGCGUUUCACGAGGCGGAGAUGAACGUCAUGAUCGAGAGUGAAGAGCUCGGGGAGGCGCUCGCGGAGAAGUGGGGGAAAGCCGCGAGGGCGCACGCGGCGCGGAUCCCGCGCGCGGAGAGUUUAACGCCGGGCGUCGGAGCGUUCGCGCCGAGAGGGUGCUACCUGUGCGUGCCGUUCGGGAAGUUCACCGCGGACGCGGUCGCGCGCGCGACGACGGGGACGCUGCCGCUGGCGGAGAUGUCGUGA